GUUAACGUGCAGGACCGCGGAGCCUGCAAGUGCCCCGAGCUGCUCAGAGCCGGCCGGGCGGCACAGCCCAGGGCAGAGGAGGCGGCUGCGACGAUUGCAAAGGUUCCGCUGGAAAUUCGGCGCAGGGGGACCCCAGCGGGAGCCUGUUGCCUUUGUGUUUUAAAAGCAGGCAAGGUCUGUAUAGCUCGGGCGUGAGAAUCUUUCAGAAGCUGUCAGAGCAUCCGAGUCAAUGACACCUAUUGGGGAAUUGAAUUGGGGGUAAAAGAGAGAGAGCGAGAGGAAAAAAGAAAGACAGCGGGGGAAGAAAUUCUUAGACAACGUUUGACCUGCAGCUGUGAAAAUUCAUUUUCUUUCCAAGGCAAAAUAUGAAAAGCCCGCACAUGGUUUUGAUAACAACAAAUGAGAGGGGUUUCUGCAGUGAAAGGAUCAAUAGCUUAGUCAUUUUCCUGAAAGAGAGCAGACAGCUUUAUUAUGGGGUUAGGCAACAGAAAUGAAUUUCCUCAUGACAGCACCUUCUGAAGUCAUGACGGUAGCUCAUGGCAAUCCUGUCCUGCAAAGCCGAAAUUGCUCCUUGCCUUCCUACUUUUGCAGUUGAAAAACAGCGAUUCUGAGAUUGGAGAAAGAAGUUGGCUUUUGCUUAUACAUGGUUUCUAGUCCCUCUGCCCGGCUCUUUGUCCGGCACAUCUCAGAAAGCAGCCCUGCGUUAAAGUGACCACACAUGAAUAUGUGUCUAAGAAAGAAGAAAAAGCAAUAUUCAUUUCUAAAAGACAGCAUGGCAAAGCAACCUGAAGUUUUCCAUUUCCCUUCUAACACUUCCUUAACAAGGAUAACAAGAAACUGUCUUUUGACUCCUUUAUUCCCACAUUCCAGAGUCCUUCCUGCGAGGAUGCAUUAAUUUCCACUCUAGGCGGUUGGAUUUUACCGGGACGGUAUUUGCCACCCUUUAGGAUUAGCGAUUGAACUGGUUAUUUUAGUGUAUUGACUAACUAGUGGAACCUCAGUGGAUGGACCCGUACCUGCAGUGCUCUGUGAUGUUUCUUUCUUCAAACCCUGGAAGGGCUUUUGUUGUUGUUCUUUGUCUUUUGGGGGGGGGGGGAUUUUUUUUGGAAUUUCAUACUUGUUGCAAUAAUCGCCCAUGGUAGCUGCUCAAACAGGGGAGCUGGAAUUCAUCGGUGAGAAUCACUACAUGUAACAUAGGAGACGAGAAAAAGAUUAAGGACAGAAGAUCUGCCAACAUGAUGCACGUGAAUAAUUUCCCCUUUAGAAGGCAUUCCUGGAUAUGUUUUGAUGUGGACAAUGGCACAUCUUCGGGACGGAGUCCCUUGGAUCCCAUGACCAGCCCAGGAUCUGGGCUAGUUCUCCAAGCAAACUUUGUCCACAGUCAACGUCGGGAGUCCUUCCUGUAUCGAUCUGACAGCGAUUAUGACCUCUCACCAAAGUCUAUGUCCCGGAACUCCUCCAUUGCCAGUGACAUACAUGGAGAUGACCUGAUUGUGACCCCGUUUGCACAGGUCUUGGCCAGCCUUCGAACCGUACGAAACAACUUUGCUGCAUUGACUAAUUUGCAAGACCGUGCACCUAGCAAAAGAUCACCCAUGUGCAACCAACCAUCCAUCAACAAAGCCACCAUCACAGAGGAGGCCUACCAGAAACUGGCCAGCGAGACCCUGGAGGAGCUGGACUGGUGUCUGGACCAGCUAGAGACCCUGCAGACCAGGCACUCCGUCAGUGAGAUGGCCUCCAACAAGUUUAAAAGGAUGCUUAAUCGGGAGCUCACCCAUCUCUCUGAAAUGAGUCGGUCUGGAAAUCAAGUGUCAGAGUAUAUAUCAAACACAUUCUUAGAUAAGCAACAUGAAGUGGAAAUUCCUUCUCCGACUCAGAAGGAAAAGGAGAAAAAGAAAAGGCCAAUGUCUCAGAUCAGCGGGGUCAAGAAGUUGAUGCACAGCUCCAGUCUGACUAAUUCCAGCAUCCCGAGGUUUGGGGUCAAAACUGAGCAAGAAGACGUCCUUGCCAAGGAACUAGAAGAUGUGAACAAAUGGGGUCUUCACGUUUUCAGAAUAGCAGAGUUGUCCGGUAACCGGCCUCUGACUGUUAUCAUGCACACCAUUUUUCAGGAACGGGAUUUAUUGAAAACAUUUAAAAUUCCAGUAGACACUUUAAUUACAUACCUUAUGACCCUGGAAGAUCAUUACCAUGCUGACGUGGCCUACCACAAUAACAUUCAUGCUGCAGACGUUGUGCAGUCCACACACGUGCUGUUAUCCACACCUGCUCUGGAGGCUGUGUUUACAGAUUUGGAGAUUCUUGCAGCAAUUUUUGCCAGCGCAAUACAUGAUGUCGAUCAUCCUGGUGUGUCCAAUCAGUUUCUGAUUAAUACAAACUCUGAACUUGCCUUGAUGUACAAUGAUUCUUCGGUCCUGGAGAACCAUCAUUUGGCCGUGGGCUUUAAGUUGCUUCAGGAAGAAAACUGUGACAUUUUCCAGAAUUUGACCAAAAAGCAAAGACAAUCAUUAAGGAAGAUGGUCAUUGACAUUGUACUUGCCACAGACAUGUCGAAACACAUGAAUCUACUGGCUGAUUUGAAAACUAUGGUUGAAACUAAGAAAGUGACAAGUUCCGGAGUUCUCCUUCUUGAUAAUUACUCUGAUAGGAUUCAGGUCCUUCAGAACAUGGUGCACUGUGCCGACCUGAGCAACCCCACAAAGCCUCUCCAGCUGUACCGCCAGUGGACAGACCGCAUCAUGGAGGAGUUCUUCCGCCAAGGGGACCGAGAGAGGGAGCGGGGCAUGGAGAUCAGCCCCAUGUGCGACAAGCACAACGCAUCUGUGGAGAAGUCCCAGGUGGGCUUCAUAGACUACAUCGUCCAUCCUCUCUGGGAGACAUGGGCAGACCUCGUCCAUCCUGACGCCCAGGACAUUUUGGACACUUUGGAGGACAAUCGUGAGUGGUACCAGAGCACAAUUCCUCAGAGCCCCUCCCCAGCACCUGAGGACCAGGAGGAGGGCCGGCAGGGUCAAACCGAGAAGUUCCAGUUUGAGCUGACUUUAGAGGAAGAUGGCGAGUCGGACACGGAAAAGGACAGCGGAAGUCAAGUGGAGGAGGACACUAGCUGCAGUGACUCCAAGACUCUCUGUACUCAAGACUCAGAGUCCACCGAGAUCCCCCUGGACGAGCAGGUGGAAGAGGAGGCAGUGGGGGAGGAGGAGGAGAACCAGCCCGAAGCCCACGUCAUAGAAGAUCACUCGCCCGACACGUAACAGAGCAAAGACCUCCACGCCUUUUGUUUUUGGUUUUUCGGGUUUUUUUUCAAGUAGAGAAGUUUGUUUCCAAAGUGCAUGUCACUUGCCACAACCAUGGUCACACCUCACUGUCAUCCGCCAGGACGUUUGUGGAACAAAACCGACCUUGACGACUCAGUCUGGCGCUCAGGAAUAUCGUCACCCGUUUUUUCACCUCCGUGUCAUCCGAGCGAGGGGGACAUCUUCGCGAACAGCGUUGGCCCAAGGUGGCUGCGUGGGAAAGCUAAUCAAGCAGAGAAAAUCAACUCCAAAGCGUUUUCUAGGGAGUGGGGCUCACCACGCAGUCCCGAAGUUGAUGUGAUUUGGAGUUUCUUUUCUUUUCCUUUGUUUGAAAUAUUUUCAGCAGAAAGAAGGCAUCACAUGAGCAGAGUGAACUAAUGGGUGAAGCAACAGGUGGGUCAGGAACAGGACACCGUGUGAAUCUGUUACCAGGAAGAAGAUGAGCCACAGAAAUUGCAUCAUUUUCUAAUUUCAAGUCUUCCUGAUACGUGACUGAUUAAGUGCGGUUCACGCGAGCUGCACUGACCUCUACGUUUUGUAUGAUAAUGUAAAACAGAUUUUUUGUAGAGCUUACUUUUAUUAUUAAAUGUACUGAGGUAUUAUAUUUAAAAAAAAAAAAAACUCUGUUCAGAACUCCAUCUGCCACUGGUUAUUUUUUUUCUAAGGAGUAACUUGCAAGUUUUCAGUACGAAUCUGUGCUACACUGGAUAAAUCUAAUUUACGAAUUUUCUUGCACCUUAGAGUUCCUAGCAAGUAACUGAUUUGUAGUGAUCCAUUGUUUUAUAUACCAAUGACUUCCAUAUUUUAAAAACAAAAAUCCACAUUAUGUUGCAGGAAACCCUUUUUGUAAGGUCUUCGUUUACCAGCUUUUGUUUCACUCUUUUCAGAGACACAGAGUUGCUCCACAUUUCUCUUCACGGUGUGCAAAGUGAAUCCUUGUUCAGUAGUCUUUGAUGUGCGUUCUGUCUCACGUGUCUCCAGCCUCACGGACACUCCAUCAUCAGUUGGUGUUGUCUGAAGCAAGUGAGAGAUACAUAAAUACCCAGUAGCUAAAAUGGUCCGUCUUUUUUAGAUACUUUCCCACUUAGUGUCUUCUGAUAACUUUCUGCUGUGUCGAUAGAUACGCCUCGUUUCACAAGUGCAUGUCCUUGUAACAACCCACCCAUUUCAUGUGCAUUUUUAUUGUUUUCACAGUCAGUUAUAGCAAGAAAAACUUCUCCCCCUUGUGCUGCUUCAUUAUUUAGCGUGUGUUUGAACCUCUGUCCACAUUUACUAGCUGGGGUCUUAUCAAAUAUAUCACCACCAUUCGUACUGAUGCCAAGAAACAGGCAGUCAGCUUAGACUUAGCGUUCUUUUCUGCCACGAGGUCAUAUGUAAUGAUGAGCUUUUACUCUUGAUUUGCAAAGAAAAGUUAACAGCUAGCUAGACAAUUUAACAACAUUAGCAGAAUAUAUUAACGAACACCAGUACCUCGAAUGUGCUUUCGUUUCUGUGAUUUCACCAUGAGACUAAGAACUGUAUGAGGAAUAUUCUGGAGAAGUGAUUUUAAGUGUAGCAAUGACUCUUCCUUGACGGACAGCCAUGUAACACGUAGGACUUGCUUUAUUGGUUUUCACUGACCCAUCAGUAUGUCUUGUGGAGGAAGACUUCUUUACACAGAAGGAAGUUGGUGAUACCCCUGGGACUGAAGGUUUGGCAGUAAAAUGCCAUUUUAAAAUACUGGGUUGGGUAAGAAGGCUAGAUCAGAAUUUAGAGCUCACCUUUGGCUGAAUUUAGCAUCAAGAACUGUGUUACAAUUUGAGACCGAGUCCCAGUAUCUACCUUCAGUUGGCAUCGUGGGGCGUUUGUUUAGUUUGGAGUUUCUUUCCAUUUCAGCUCUUAAUAAAGUGUUUACCUUCUCUGAAGAGUUUGGAGCCCACAUAAUCAUUUUUUUCACAGUAAUGUCCAAGAACUCAAGUAGAGGCUAAAGGAGUAUCUGACCAAAUGGAAAAUAAAUAAAACAAUAAAGAAAAUUGUAACCCUGAAAAACAUUUAUAUUAGGGAUGUCUCAAGGAGCUUCUGGGGAUUAAUAAAUCAUCAGCCGGAAAAGUGCCCCAGGCUGAAGAUACUACUUUAAUCCCCUGAGAUCCACUGAUGUUUAGAAACUUUGAUAGAAAAAUGACAUAGCUCUGAUCUUUCACAUAGAACACAGGUUCAGAAUUGACCAAUUAAUUACCAGAUUUCCACCCUCCUCUCCUUGUAAAAAUCAGACUGUAGUCUUUCAAAUACAGUCCCAUGUUUGGCAAGUGCUUUGACAAGAACGCUGCAAAACUUGUUUCUGUUUUAAUUUUACUUGUCCCUGAUGGAGGUCUAGAAGAAAAAGCAAAGAAUCUAGGGUUCAUUCCUUUUUUCAAAAUAUUCUCAUUCCCUCCCCUUCCUAAUGCUUGGGAUCCCCACCACCACUAAGUGAGCCUAGAAUCUUAAUGGAAAAAAAAAAUGAGAAUGGCAAUAUGUCACAAACAAAUCCAGACCUGAAAAGUUUCAUAACUACACUAUAAAAGAGAGGCUUUUAGAAAAAAUGUGUUGAUUUUUAAUGGUCACAUAUUGUGAAGAUACCCACCAAUGGACAAUCACCUUAUAGAAAAGGAAUAAGAUCUGAAAGACAGGGACAACACACUGUACAAUCUGCUUCUCCCUUCUUUCUCUCUCCCUCCUGCCUCGCCAAAGUGUGCUUCGGAAUUAUGUAGUGCUUUAAAAAGAACAUCCUUUUACAAGUGGCUUUACAUUUCCUAAAAUGUCAUAAGAAAAUGCAAUAUCUGGGUACUGUAUGGGGAAAAAAUUGUCCAAGUUUGCAUAAAACCAGUACAUUUCAGCUUGCAAGUUACUAAACACAAGAAUGCUGUUUGAAUUUUCUUUUCUUUUGCGUCACUUAAAGUUCACAAGAAAAUAAUGUAGGUAGAACAAAUUGCAGACAAGGAAAAAAAACUUGAAUGAAGUGGAUAUUACAGAAAGCUUUAUGAUAAUUUUUGAAUGCAUUAUUUAUUUUUUGUGCCAUGCAUUUUUUCUCACCAAAUGACCUUACCUGUAAUACAGUCUUGUCUGUCUGUUUACAACCAUGUAUUUAUUGUAAUGUACAUACUGUAAUGUUAAUUGUAAAUUAUCAGUUCUUAUUAAAACAUCAUCCCACGAUGGGAUGGUGUUGAUAUAUUUGGAAACUCUUGGUGAGAGAAUGAACGGUGUGUAUACAUACUCCUUGUACAUUUUCUUUUCUCCUAUAAUAGAGUCUUGUCACCUUAGAGCUUGUUUAUGGAAGAUUCCAGAAAACUAUAAAAUACAUAAAGGUAUAUAAAUUAAAAAAAAAAAAACAUAGCUGCAGGUCUUUGGUCCCAGGGCUGUGCCUUAACUUUAACCAAUAUUUUCUUCUGUUUUGCUGCAUUUGAUAAGUAAGGUAACGAUGGGGCUAGGGCUGGGCAUUUUACGUCCAAGCUUUGAAUCCAUUGGCUUUCUGUCAGUAGCUGGAUUUUACAGAACCACAGACAACCCUCUGGAACAUUCUGAGAUGCUUCUGAGAUACAAGGCCUGAAGGACUCUUUGCCAUGAAGCAACGUGGUGAGUGUGAUGGUGGUUUUCCCCGUCAGAUACUGAGUGGCUUCAGUUUCUUAUAUUUGAUUGCUUUUUAUUUGCAGACACUACUGGCAAAAUAUAUUGUUGUCCUGUGAUUAUAAAAAAUCUUUAAACUUCUAGAGCACGUGGGCGAAUGAACUUGAUUUGAAAGUAGAGCCAGAGGUCACAUGUAUUAGUAGUUUAUUCCUUGGCUUCCUGCCAUGGUAAGAAAGUAUAUAAUAUGAAAAAGGUCAUUUUUUUUUUUAACCCUGGAAUUUUUCUUCAACUGAGAUCAACCAAAUUUGCUUAUAUACAUGAAUCCUUAUGUUUAAACACAAAGUUUUAUAUGACGCAAAUUCACAGAGCAUAACGGAUUCACCAUUCGCUAGAAUGUGUUUCUGCAAAAUCUACAUUGCUCUAGAAUUUUUACAUUUAACUUUGCAUACUGGCCAGCUUCUGAAACCUAUGAAAAAUUCCCAGUGGGUCAUGCAGAAACUUCCUUCCACUGCUGCCCAGCCCUCAGAACAUGUGACUUCAUGAAAGGAGAAAUACUUUUUUCUAGAAAAAAAAAAAAUGAGCCUCCUUUUAUUUUAUUUUAUUUUUUUGACACAAACUGUAGAUUUUAGCAGCCCUGGCCCAAAGGAAUUUGAUUACUUUUGUUUUAAACAGUACAAAGGGGACACUAUAAUUACAAAAAAAAAAUCCUUACUGAUUUUAGUUGUUUUUAAUUUUAUUUCUUUGGAUAUGUUUUCAGAGGGGUAAGUUGUGUGUGAGCAUUAAAAACGAUUCUUUUAGUGUUUUCUUAGCCUCUCUUACAGCCCAUGGGAAUAGUACUGUACAUCGAUACCUUCAUAUGAAGUUUUUAUAUGCGAUGAAAAUAAAAGCAUGGGUUGAUUCUGCCUA